AUGGUGUUCCUGUCGAUCGGGGAUUUCGGAAACGCGAACGACUCUCAAAAAGCUGUGGCGGCACAGAUGGGGGCGGUGGCGGAGGCAGCGGGGGUGCGCUUUGUGGUGUCAGUGGGGGACAACGUGUAUGACAACGGGGUCACGGGGGAGGCAGACCCGCUCUUCCACCGCGUGUUUGAAGGCGUGUACACGCACCCUGCGCUGCAAGUGCGAUGGUACAUGUCGCUGGGCGAUCACGACAACAAGGGCAGCGUGGCAGCGCAGGUGGCUCACUCUCACGCCUCCUCCAAGUGGUACCUCCCCGCGCCCUACUACUCCCUCUCCCUGCCGCUGCCCCGCGCUCGCCCUGCUACCACCGGCACAGGGGAUUCCGGAGGAGGAGGAGGGGGAGAAGCGGGGGCGGAUGGGGUAGAAGCGGGAGAGGCAGGGGGAGCAAGAGUGGGAGGGGGAGGGGGAGAGGGCGGCAGCGGUGAUGGCGGUGAUGGUAGUAGUGGGGGAGACACAGAGGAGCAUAUUGACUUCUUUUUUACCAACUCCAUCGGCCUCGAGGGAGUGCUGGGAGCGUCCAAUGACAAUGACCGGCGCUUCUUCUCCAACUAUUCUCUUGACCUCGUCGGCCCACAGGCAGGCAGGCAGCAGCUGCAGUGGCUGGAAGCACAGCUUCAGAAAAGCACAGCCCGAUGGAAAGUGGUGGUGGGUCAUCGCCCCAUCAUCACAGCAGGCGUGCGGCCUCGCUUUCCUGCUGAGCCCCGCUUCUCCUCCCUUCUUCUGCCACUGCUGCACAAGUACCAAGUGGACGUCUAUCUCUUUGGCCACGACCACGUCGCGCAGCAUUUAGAGCGGUGCGGAGUGGUGCAUGUGGGUAACGGCGUGGGGGGGUACAAGAGGCACUGGGUGCACCCCACGGGCGACACAGUGUGGGCCGAUUCUUCCUUCUUUGGCUUUCUCAAGCACGCUGCCACUCGCGACUGCCUGGACUUCACAUUCAUUGCUGCUAAUGGCAGCACCAUGCACUCCUUCCGCUUGCCGCACCGCUCUCUCAGACCUCACCCCUCUGCGCCGCUCUCCACGCCUCUGUCUUCAGGCUCCCCGUCUCUCCCUCGCUCUUUGUCUCGGCGCAUGCAAUUGGAGGUUCAGGAGAGAGAUGAUGGGGAGGAGGUGCACGUUGAGAACGGUAGGGUGGGGUUGUAG